AUGGUGGCUAAUGAUUGUUAUGCCAUAUUAGGCGUUAAAUCAACAGCUACUGAAGAUGAAAUAAAAAAAGCUUAUCGAAAAAAAGCUCUUCAAUAUCAUCCAGAUAAAAAUUCUUCUAAAACAGCUGAAGAAUUAUUUAAACAAAUUAAUAAAGCUUAUGAAACAUUAAGUGAUGCAGAUAAACGUCGAGUAUAUGAUUUACAACAACAAACAACACAUACAAAUUCUUCAUCAUCACAACAACAUAAACAUGAUUCAUCAUUUCAUUCAUCAAAUCAAUCAUAUUUUACAUCAGCAAACAAUAAUUCGUCUCGAUUUCAUUUUCAUGAUCCGUUUUUCAAUAUUCAUCAACGACAUGCUUAUUUUGCUCGUAAAUUUCAUUCACCAAAUUUUUCAUUUUUUGACACCAGUUUUGGUACAUCAUCAUCAUCGGAUGAUGAAACUGAUUAUGAUCAUUUUGAUUCAAUUCCAUCAACAUUUCAUUCUAGUCAAAAUCGUUUUCGAAGAAAAAAUCGAUCAAAAUGGAAUCAUAAUUGGUCAUUUGAAACUGAUCCAUUUAUGAUGUUUGAAAUGAUAACACGAUCUAUAUUUGAUAAAUUUUUACAUGAUGAUUUAUUUUGGCAUCAUUCAUCAAGUCGUUUACGUAGUACAUCACAUCAACAACGAGCAACAUCAACAAAUCGUACAAAAAUUCCUGUUAAUCAUGUAACACCAACAUCAAAAUAUCGGAAUGAUGUUAAACGAGCAACAUCAUCAUCAUCACGUUUUAAUCAUAAAGAUAGUGAUGAAGAAAAUAUUGAUGAACAUUUUAUAUUUCAACAAACAAAACCAACAAAAAUGAAUAGUCAUCGUUUUGACCGACAUACUAUGGAUGAUAAUACGACUAAUAAACAAAAAUUAGAAACAUGUCAAUAUUGUUAUUAUCCACUAACAUCAAUAGAAAAUCUUUUAAAACAUGAAGCUGUAUGCCGUCAUCGUUCAGAUCAUGAAAGAGUAUAUACAACCAAAUGUAGUUAUUGUCAUCAAAAUAUUCGUUUAAGUGAUUAUUUGAAUCAUGAAGAACUUUGUAAAGAAUUUGGAAUAAAACGACAAACAACAGAAAAUAAACGAUAUUAUAAUCCAACGUCAACAAAUCUUAAUACUGAUAAUCCAUCUCCUCCAAAAUCAUCGUUCGGAGGUCUAUCCAAUGAUAUUAAUCGAUUACGUACAUGUCAUCGUUGUCAACGAAUAUUUCCUGUAUUAUCUGACUUAUUCAAUCAUAUAUGUGAUGAUGAAGAUGAUUUACAUUCAUCGAAAUCAACUGCAUCUUCAACAAAAUUCGAUAAUAAAACGACAAUGGACAAUACUACUUUGUUUGAUAAAAUCUCUUCAACAUCACCAAAGUCUUUCAAAUUAAAUGCUCAUUCUUCAUUUAAUAAUUCUUCAAUAUCAUCUUCACCUUUACAUAAAUUAGUCUCUCCACUUUCACCAUCAUCAUCACCAAUAAUGCAACCAACAAAAUCAACAUCAAUUCAUAUAACACCAGCACAUGAUUUAAAUAAUACGUACCAAUCAUCGUUAGAAUCUGAACACAUUCCUCUUUUUAAACGACCUUUAUUUCAAUCUGAUAUCACCACAUCACAUGAUAACCAACAGCAGCAACAACAACAACAACAACAUUCAUCUAGCGCUUAUAUUUAUUUGCAUCAUCCGUCAUCACCACUACGUGUUAAUUCUUAA